CUUAAUCCUGUCGAUCAGUCGAAUCAAAAUCUGAGUCUCUCUCUCUCUCUCUCUCUCUCUCUCUGAGCAAAUCAUCAUUUCUACAUCUUAGGGAUCAUCAGCUUCGAUUCCCGAGGAGCGACCAGAAGGAUUCGGGCCAUGGGAGGCGCUCACAGCCGCGAGGAUCUCGAUAUCGAUUCCUCGGAAGAGGAAUACGAAGACGAAGGGUCUGAUCGCGAGCAGUAUGGCGAUGCCGACGUCGAUCGCCAGCAGAGGCCACAGCCCUCUACUUCCUCCGCUGGCAGGUCCCAAAGCGAUGUUGACGAGAUCGAUGCCAAGCUGAAGGAGCUCAAGGUCAAGUACUCCUCUGAAAGGCCCAACUUGAAGAACGCCGUGAAGCUUUACCUCCAUAUCGGGGGCAACACCCCCAAGGCGAAAUGGUUGAUCUCGGACAAACUCACGAGCUACAAUUUCGUGAGGAGUUCGGGGGCUGAAGGGGGCGAUGGCUCCGACGAUGAAGAAUCGGAGGGCGGGGAGUGGGUGUUGAAGGUCGGCGAGAAGGUGCGAGCUAGGGUUUCGACGGACAUGCAGCUAAAGAUGUUUGGUGGCCAGAGGCGGGUUGAUUUUGUGAACAAUGGUGUUUGGGCUAUGAAAUUCUUCACUGACGCGGAUUACCGGAUGUUUGUGACGCAAUUCCAGAACUGUUUGUUCGAGAAUGUGUACGGGCUCGAGGCUACCGAUGAUAAUAAAUUGAAGGUUUACGGGAAGGAGUUUAUUGGGUGGGUUAACCCCGAGGCGGCCGAUGAUUCGGUCUGGGAGGAUGCAGAGAAUGAUUUCGGGAAGACCCCUGAGGAUUCGAAGUCGACACCUUCCCGGGCGAACUCGGACUUGAUGGAGGAGUUCGAAGAGGCUGCAAAUGGAGGAGUCCAGAGCCUUACUCUGGGUGCGCUGGAUAAUAGCUUCCUGGUGAAUGAUUUGGGAGUUCAGGUUUACCGGAAUUAUGCAAAGGGGAUUCGAGGGAAGGGUGUCUAUGUGAAAUUCCACAGGGGGACUUCGAAGGACAGCUCGAGCUCGCCCAAUAUGACCCCCGAGAAGGCUAUGCUAAUGAGGGGUGAGACUAAUAUGAUGCUGAUGAGUCCCCUCAAGGAAGGGAAGCCCCACUCAACCGGGCUCCAGCAGUUGGAUAUUGAAACAGGGAAGAUAGUGACAGAGUGGAAGUUUGAGAAGGACGGGGCAGAUAUCACGAUGAGGGAUAUAACGAAUGAUACAAAAGGAUCGCAGUUGGAUCCGUCGGAGUCAACUUUCUUGGGAUUGGAUGAUAAUAGGCUAUGCCAGUGGGAUAUGAGGGAUAGGAGAGGGAUUGUCCAGAACAUUGCGAAUUCGAAUUCUCCUGUUCUGCACUGGACGCAGGGGCAUCAGUUUUCAAGGGGGACAAACUUCCAGUGCUUUGCAACGACUGGGGAUGGGUCAAUAGUUGUGGGGUCAAUCGACGGGAAGGUAAGAUUGUACUCCAAGACAUCGAUGAGGCAGGCAAAAACUGCAUUUCCUGGUCUUGGCUCUCCGAUAACGCACGUAGAUGUGACUUACGAUGGCAAAUGGGUGUUGGGUACUACGGACACCUAUUUGAUCCUUAUAUGCACUCUAUUCACUGACAAGGAUGGAAGGACAAAGACUGGAUUUGGUGGCCGAAUGGGGAACAAGAUCCCAGCUCCACGGUUGCUGAAGCUGACUCCUUUGGAUUCUCACCUAGCAGGGGAAAACAACAAGUUCCACGGUGGCCAUUUCUCAUGGGUUACUGAGAAUGGUAAACAGGAACGCCACCUCGUGGCGACAGUGGGAAAAUUCAGCGUGAUAUGGGACUUCCAGCAGGUCAAGAACUCGGCCCAUGGGUGCUACCAGAACCAGCAAGGUCUCAAGAGCUGUUACUGCUACAAGAUUGUGUUGAAGGACGAGUCCAUCAUCGAGAGCCGCUUCAUGCAUGACAAAUUUGCCGUCACCAACUCUCCAGAAGCCCCUCUCGUCGUGGCGACACCCAUGAAAGUCAGCUCUAUCAGUCUAUCGGGAAAGCAGUGACCUCUCGGUUUUCUUCCGCAACUCGCAUCGGCUCCUCGGAGUGCACGGCGAUCGAUGCCUGUUAGGAUCUUUCUGGCUUGUCUUCGUGGCUUGUAAUUAGAUAGGACUUGCUAGUUCUUUGUUACAAUUGUCAUAGGGUUGAAUUCCAAUGUUUGUGGUUUGAGAAGAUAACCAUUUGAGCAAAUAGUUAGAAGUGUGAGUUUGCCAUCUGAGACCCAGAAGUCAUCUGAAAAGAAAUUGUACUUUUCCUGACAUUUGCAAUGGAAAUUUACGUCACUCGAUCAAA